AUUGCCUUCAAUUAACAAUAACACUUAAUAAUAAUGACUUUAUACUUUAGCAUAAUUUUCGAACGAACGAUAAGAUAUAACUUUUUCUUAUAAAGAAGUUCUGAAUAAGUCAAACGAACGUCAGUUUGUCAAAAUACUUUUUACACGAGUUUUAAUUUUAUUCGCAAAAUAAAGAUACUAUUUCCAAAAAACUUAAUAUUUUUAAAUUGUGUUGCAUUUUCUCUUUAAGAUAUUAUGAUGAUGCUGUUACAUGUAUUUCUAUCGUUGUUCUUCAUCGGAGGUGUUUUCGGAGAACUAAGCCAACUAUAUGGAAACAACGCUGUGUCAACUCCUCAGAGAAUUUUUAACAGUUUAUAUAAUUUUCAAUCUAAAUCAUCUCUUGAAAAAGGAUUAUUUGAUCAAGAAGAUCCGGAAAACAUAACAUCUACUGACAUGAGCGAUAUGGACAACCGUUCUAAAUUAAAGCAACUAGAUGAGGUACUAUAUAUAAUGUCUAUUAAAAUGUUGAAGACAAUAUGCAUCGAUGAAAUCUUAGAAAAAUCUCAUUUAUUGAAUGAGAAAUAUUAUUGGAUUCAAGAUAUAGUAUGCUAUGUUAGCAACAUAUUAAUGAACAACGCGAUUUUGAAUUAAGAAAAUCAGGAAGGAAAAUAGCUGUGCAAGUUACAAAUAAAUAUUUUAUAACAUUAAGAAUUAUAAUAUAAACUAAAUAUAAACUAAAUAUUUUCAAGUAAUAAUCUUAUAAUUCGUAAAAUUUUGUUUCAGAUCUAAUGAAUGAAGUAUAAUUGUCUUGCGCAAUAGAGUUGUUUAUCUUUAUCUAUUUUUAACAUUAUAAUAUAUUAUUAUUAAGUGUUCAUAUAUAUAAAAAAGAUAUAUAUUAUUGUAACAUUUUUAUCAAUUUGAAGAUUAUUAUUUCUUUCUAAUUAUGCUAAAUAAUUUAUAUAAAAAUUUUAACUUAUGUAUACUAACAAAAUCAUUCUACAGUUAAAGUAAAUAAAUUAUAUAUGUGUUAAA